AUGUCACAGGCGGGCGCGCAUCCGCCGCUUAGCGCAUCGAUUUCGUCUCGCGCAGCAGUGACAGCAGCAGCAGCAUCGCCGUCGAUCAACUCGCUGCCGUUGUACCUGCGGCGCCAUGUGAACCUCGGCUUCGACAACGACGACGUGACAGCACUGCUUAGCUCCAUCGACUCGAGCCAAGCGCGCAAUGCAUCAUCGCAAAGAACGACAACGACAACAACGGCGACGUCAGCAGCGAGACCGGCGCUAGCACAACUGCCUGCCGAACUUUUACUGCAGAUUGUCGAACAUGUGCCCGUGGACUAUUUACUCGACUGGCGGCUUGUAUGCAGGGGAUUCCGCGAUGCAAUCGACGGACAAGUGCUAUAUCACUGUUUGCGCCGCACGCGGUUGCUGGGGUACAUGGGGAGCCGGCACUCGCGGGCGAUGGAGUCGCUAGACGACGACGAAGACUACGCAGCAAUUCACCUUUUGGAAGCGCGGUUUGAGCGCAUAGAAACAGGCGCAGGUGAUGACGACGACCAGGCAACGGACAAGCCGAUAUGGAGCGGGAGUCACGCCGUGUUCCGCGUCGACGACGAGUGGUACCGCCAGUUCCAUCGGGUGGGCGGGGCAGCAGACCGCCAGGGCAACACAAUUGACGAUGCGGAUGCGCGAUGGUCGCGCACGCUGGACCGGCUGGAGCUACGGCGCCCAGAAGAAGGAUUCGGUACGUUGCGCUGGUGCAUUCGGCUCGACCAUGCCGUCCUGGAUUUGGAUUUCCCCACUGAAGCAGACCGCCUGCACUUUGAUGUCCGUGUCAAUCUUGCUACGCGCUGCGUACAAGUCGCGUGGAGGGAUAUGCUCGUUCGCUUCCUCAAGUCGGAACGGGCAUUGCGCUUGAUGCUGGAUGAGAAACGCAACCACUCCCGCUUCACCUUCAGCCAUGCAGAAGACUGCCUCCGCUCCCUCCGCCGCACCCGCCUCGCCGCAUCCCUCAGCCCCUACAGCAAAGUCGACCGCCACAUCCGCUGGUCCCUCCGCCUCCUGCACCCCCUCUUCGGCUGCCCGCCCAACGAACACACCAUGACACUCGAAAACGUCGAAAACGACGCCAUCCACAAGCUCCUCCUCCUCCGCCGCGCCGCCUCUCUCUCCGGCCCCCAACUCGCCUACCUCGACACCCUAGCAAAAGACUACAGAGCAAUGGAACAGCAGCUGCGCAGAUUGGAUGAUGCUUAUGCAGAGUUCAAGACGUACCUCAGUGUGCCGGGUUUCCAGAUGAAUAUACUGCUGCCCGCCAUGGUGACGAAUGCGGGGCAUGUGCCCAGGGAUCCGGUGGCGUGGACGGAUGAGCUGCGCGAGAAGAUUGAGUUUCAGGUGCAGAGGUGGAAGGGCCAGAGGGAUGCCGUCGAGCAGGUUGGCGAGAUUCUCGAGGCGAGCAAUGAGGCCAUGGGUGUACCGGAUGAUAGUUUUGAUGAGCUUGGGAGUGAGUUUUGA